UUAAAAGUAUAUCGAGUGCCAUCUUUGCGUCAAGGUAAGAACAAAUUCGACCUUUAUUCAACCUUGCUCGGGUUAAAAGAGUCAAGUUGGAGGAAGCUUUGACAAUUCAGCUUGAGCCGGUGCGGUGUAAGGUUGUGUGGUUCGAUUUUAUCUGAUUUAUCUCCAGCUGCGAAAUGCCAAUCAAGAGUGUAUUUGCCCGCAACAUCUUCGACUCCCGUGGUAACCCCACCGUAGAAGUCGACCUCAUCACUGACUUGGGUCUCUUCCGUGCUGCUGUCCCAUCUGGAGCCAGUACUGGCGUCCACGAAGCUUUGGAACUCCGCGAUGAAGACAAGUCCAAAUACCAUGGCAAGAGCGUUUUCAAAGCCAUCGAAAACAUUAACAAGAUCAUCGCCCCUGAGCUAAUCAAGUCUGGACUUGAAGUCACCCAACAGUCCGAAAUUGAUUGCUUCAUGAACAAGCUCGAUGGUACUGAGAACAAAUCCAAAUUGGGCGCUAACGCUAUCCUCGGCGUUUCCCUGGCUGUCUGCAAGGCCGGAGCCGCCAAACGUGGCAUCCCCCUUUACAAGCACAUCGCUGACCUUGCUGGCAACAAGGACAUCAUCUUGCCAGUGCCUGCCUUCAAUGUCAUCAAUGGUGGAUCACAUGCUGGCAACAAACUUGCCAUGCAAGAAUUCAUGAUUUUGCCAACUGGCGCCAACUCCUUCACUGAGGCUAUGAGAAUGGGCAGUGAAACCUACCACCACUUGAAGAAGGUCAUUAAGGACAAAUUCGGCUUGGACGCCACCGCCGUCGGUGAUGAAGGUGGUUUCGCCCCCAACAUUUUGGACAACAAGGAAGGUCUUAACCUGAUCGUCGAAGCCAUCGAGAAGGCCGGAUACACUGGCAAGAUCGAAAUCGGCAUGGACAUCGCCGCUUCUGAAUUCUUCAAGGACGGCAAAUACGACUUGGACUUCAAGAACCCCAAGUCCGACCCCAGCCAAUGGUUGGACAGUGGCAAACUUGAGGAAGUCUACCAAGACUUCAUCAAGUCCUACCCUGUGGUCUCCAUUGAAGAUCCCUUCGACCAAGAUGACUGGAGCGCCUGGUCCUCUUUGACUGCCAACACCCCUAUCCAAAUUGUCGGCGACGAUCUUACCGUCACCAACCCCAAGCGUAUCCAAACUGCCGUUGACUGCAAAGCUUGCAACUGCCUGUUGUUGAAGGUCAACCAAAUCGGUAGCGUGACCGAAUCCAUCGCCGCGCACAACUUGGCCAAGUCCAACGGCUGGGGCACUAUGGUAUCGCACAGAUCCGGAGAAACUGAAGACACCUUCAUCGCUGACUUGGUUGUUGGUUUGUCUACCGGUCAAAUUAAGACCGGUGCUCCUUGCAGAUCUGAACGUUUGGCUAAAUACAAUCAGAUCCUGCGUAUCGAGGAGGAACUCGGCGCUAAUGCUAAAUAUGCCGGCAAAUCAUUCCGUAAACCAAACUAAGUGUAUUUUUUAAAAUAAAUGUAUUGAAGUUGUCAGCUUACCUUGUUGUUAGAAAUUGUAAUGGUCACGUGCUAUGUGUUAUGUCUGGUAAGUUGAUGCUAUCAUGAUGAUGCAUUAAGUUAAGAGAGUAGCAUAGACAUCCGUAUAUUAUUUAUUAAGUUGUCACUAAUAAAGUUAUAAUUAAAA